AUUCAUCAAGCGACGAUCGUGCAGAUCGCACAGGCCCUGUGCAGAGUGAUGCCAGCACUGUGAGCGCCAUGCAAGUCACAUGGUCUGGUACCGUGACGUUGGUCGUCGUCGCCCUCCUGGGAGCCGUCCAAUCACAACGACUGGAGGACCCCAUCACCAUAGGAGAAGUCCCACAACUCAGACUGGGACAGGAUUCAGGCCUGACAUCACAGGGAUAUGGAAGCUGACCAUUGGCACGCAGAGAAAAAUCUGUCUGAUUAUGCAGACAGAUGCAGACCGACAGGACAGACCUCAGGGCGAGCACAGCACACACGCCCCCUCACCAGAACGCGACGACGAUGACAACCUGCUAGGCUACACAGGAUCCCGCCUGCGCCAGGAGGACUCCCCUCCCCGCAUCGUGGAGCACCCCGACCUGAUCGUGUCCAAGGGGGAGCCGGCCACCCUCAACUGCAAGGCGGAGGGCCGGCCGGCACCCACAGUGGAGUGGUACAAGGACGGCGAGCGCGUGGAGACGGACCGGGAGAACCCGCGCUCACACCGCAUGCUGCUGCCCAGCGGCUCGCUCUUCUUCCUGCGCAUCGUGCACGGCCGUCGCAGCAAGCCAGACGACGGCAGCUACGUCUGCGUGGCCCGCAACUACCUGGGCGAGGCGGCCAGCCGCAACGCCUCGCUGGAGGUGGCCAUUCUGCGUGACGACUUUCGGCAGAACCCCUCGGACGUGAUGGUGGCAGCAGGUGAGCCUGCCGUCCUGGAGUGCCAGCCCCCCCGGGGGCACCCUGAGCCCACCAUCUCCUGGAAGAAGGAUGGCAGCAACAUCGACAACAGGGAUGAACGGAUCACGAUCCGAGGUGGCAAGCUGAUGAUCACCAACGCCAGGAAGAGUGAUGCGGGGAAGUAUGUCUGUGUGGGCACCAACAUGGUGGGGGAGAGGGAGAGCGACGUGGCCGAACUCACCGUGCUGGAACGGCCCAGCUUCUCCCGCCGGCCAAGCAGCCGCGUGGUUCUGGCGGAGGACAGCGUGGAGUUCCGCUGCGAGGCACGUGGAGACCCUAUCCCCACGGUGCGCUGGCGUAAGGAGGACGGAGACCUGCCUCGGGGGAGGUACGAGAUUCUGGAGGACCACACCCUCAAGCUGCGCAGCGCGGCCCCGGCGGAUGUGGGCUCUUACUCCUGCGUCGCAGAGAACAUGGUGGGGAAGGCAGAGUCCUCAGCCACUCUCACGGUGCACGUCAUGUCGGUGCCCCCCGUUUUCGGGGUGAGACCACGGAACCAAGUGGUGCAGGUGGGCCGGAGGGUGACCUUCCAGUGUGAGGCGUUGGGAAACCCCCAGCCUGCUAUCUUCUGGCAGAGAGAGGGCAGCCAGAACCUGCUGUUCACCUACCAGCCCCCGCAGCCCUCUAGCCGCGUGUCCGUGUCGCAGACAGGCGACCUGACCAUUACGGAUGUGCAGCACACAGACAGCGGCUUCUACAGCUGCCAGGCGCUCAACGUGGCUGGCAGUGUGAUCACCAAGGCCCUGCUGGAGGUCACCGAUGCAGUGUCCGACCGGCUGCCCCCCGUGAUCCGGCAGGGCCCGGUGAACCAGACGGUGCCGGUGGACGGGAUGGCGCUGCUGUCCUGUGAGGCGUCCGGCUCCCCUGUGCCCAGCAUCCUGUGGAAGAAGGAUGGGACACCAGUCUCUGGUUCCGACUCGCGGCUCAAGCAGCUGGACACGGGGGCGCUGCAGAUCCGCUAUGCCAAGCUGGGGGACACAGGAACAUACACCUGCAUUGCAUCCAACCCCAGUGGAGAAGCCAUUUGGAAGGCAUUCCUGGAGGUGCAAGAGUUUGGGGUCGCGGUGCACCCCGCCCGGCCCACAGACCCAAAUCUGAUCCCCAGCUCCCCGUCCAAACCUGAGGUAACUGACGUCAGCCGCACCUCUGUCACCCUGGCCUGGAAGCCCAACCCUAACACCGGGGCCACACCCACUUCCUACAUCAUCGAGGCCUUCAGUCACGCCUCUGGAAGCAGCUGGUUGACCAUGGCGGAGCACGUGAAGACGGAAAACUUCGUCCUGCGGGGCCUGAGGCCUGGAGCCAUCUACCUGUUUCUGGUGCGGGCGGCCAACGCCUAUGGACUGAGCGACCCCAGCCCCGUCAGUGAGGCUGUCAGGACCCAGGAAAUCCCGCCCACUGCUGAGGGUGUAGACCACCGGCAGAUCCAGAAGGCCCUGAGUGACGUGGUGGUGCACUUACACAAUCCCACCAUCCUCUCCUCGUCCUCGGUCAGGGUGCAGUGGACAGUGGAGCAGCAGUCUCAGUACGUCCAGGGCUAUAAGGUGAUGUACCGGCCCUUUUUGGAUGCGGGACAGACUCGGGGACAGUGGGGCGUAUUCGAGGUUCGCUCCGCUGCCGAGGAUGCCGCUGUGGUGCCCCAGCUCCGGAAGGGGGCCACCUAUGAGUUCAAGGUGCGGCCCUUCUUCGACGAGUUCCAGGGUCCUGACAGCGAGGUCAAGGUGGCCCGCACAUUGGAAGAAGCCCCCAGUGCACCCCCCCGCGAUGUCACUGUAAAAAAGAGCGACGACAAUGGGACCGCCAUUCUGGUUGCCUGGCAACCGCCUCCCGAAGAAGAGCAGAACGGAGUAGUCCAGGAGUACAAGAUCUGGUGCCUGGGUAAUGAGAGCCGAUACCACAUAAAUCGCACCGUGGACGGGUCCACCUUCUCGGUGGUCAUCCCAAGCCUGGCCCCGGGAGUGCGCUACAGUGUGGAGGUGGCUGCAAGCACCGGAGCUGGUCCGGGUGUUAAGAGUGACGUCACCUUCUUCCAGCUGGACUCCGCCGGCCGGCUCACCGACAGUCUGGAGUAUCCGCUGUCGCAGCAGAUCUCAGACGUGGUCAAGCAGCCGGCCUUCAUCGCGGGCAUCGGCGCCACCUGCUGGCUGAUUCUCAUGGUGUUCAGCAUCUGGCUUUACCGGCACCGCAAAAAGAGGAGCGGUCUGAGCACCAGCUACGCCGGCAUCCGCAAGGUUCCCUCCUUCACCUUCACACCUAUAGUGGCCUAUCAGAGUGGGGGAGAGGCUAUUUGUAGCGCCGGAAGGCCCGGGCUGCUGAAUGCGGGGGAGGUGCCAAGUCAGCCCUGGGCUGCGGACUCCUGGCCCAACGCCUGCCCUGCCCACAAGGACUGCAGCAUCAACUGCUGCAAUGGGGGAAACGGCACCAGUGACAGCAGUAUGACCACCUACAGCCGCCCCGCCGACUGCAUUGCCAACUACAACGCCCAGCUGGAUAACAAGCAGGGGGGGCUGGUCACCUCAGAGUCGGGCGUCUACAGCGACGUGGACCUCAACAAGCUCAACGAGAUGAAGACCUUCAACAGCCCCAGCCUGAGCUUCAUGGGGGGGCCGCCCACGCCGUACGAGCCCACCCCCUACGCCACCACUCAGCUCAUCCAGUCCAGCAUCCUGAGCAAGAAUGUAAGCGGUGGCCCAGGGGGCGUGGCCUUGGGCGAUGCUGCGGAGAAGCGCUGCUGGAAGCUGAAGCAGCAGGAAGUGACAUCACAGAUGCAGUUUGGCACCUCGGAGCAGUGCAGACAGAACCAAUACAGGUGCGGAGAGAGCACCCUGCCAGCCACCAUUCCCUAUGGCCACAUCCACGAGCCCGGCACCUCCGGAUCCUGCCAUAGCUCCGACCGCGGCAGCAACAGCACCUCUGGGAGCCAAGGUCAGAAGAAGAGUGCACGCCCCCCCAAAGCAGCCAAACAGAGCUGUCUGAACUGGGCUGCUGGUUCCCUGCCCCCACCCCCUUCCCAGCCUCCCACUGAGGAGUACUCCCUGUCCGUGAUGAAGAGCUACGACCCCGACAUGCAGUGCCCCACCCUGCCGGUGCGGCUGUACCUGCAACCGGGCGAGAUGGAGGAAGAGGAGGAUGCGGGCGGUGAUGCGGAGUUGGGGCGCUGUCCCACGCCUCCUGUUCGCGGGACGGCGUCUUCGCCCGCCGCUGUCUCCUACAGCCACAAAUCAACAGCCACACUCACACCCUCACCCCAAGAAGACCUGCAGCCCAUGCUCCAUGACAGGCGGCAUGUAGGAAGCCCCCCCAGCCUCUCCAGGCCCCUCUCCCCCCCGCUCACGUACGGUUACAUCUCUGGUCCUGUGACGCUGGACACCAACGACCUGGAGGAUGAUGAAGAGGAGGAGAUUGAUGCCGAAGUGGCUCGGGUGCAGUUCCGCCCGCACCGGCCCCAGCAUCCGCGUCGGCCGGGCCCCAGGGGCCUGGGCCGGACCCCGGCCUCCAGUGCGGGGGACCUGGAGAGCUCCGUCACGGGCUCCAUGAUCAAUGGCUGGGGCUCGGCCUCGGAGGACGAGGAGCACCGCGUGGGCCCCGUGGCCUCCUCCAGCCGCUCCAGCGGCGACAGCUCCUCUGACGGCUCCUUCUUCACGGAUGGCGACUUCGCCCAGGCUGAGUUCGUCCUCUCCGAGCAGCCGGCCGCGGGAGGUCGGAAAUUCAACAUGUGCCCCCCAGGACACCGUCCCUGCAGCCCCGUGUCCACCGACAGCAACAUGAGCGCCGCCAUUCCGCAGAAACGUCCACUGCGGAGGCAGAAAGAGCCGCAGCAGCAGCCUGCUCACCAGCAGGGGGCGCCCUACGCAGAAGAUACUUCCUCAGUGGCCCCCUCACCAGCAGCAGCCCUCUCAGGCUCCCCCAGCUGCCCACCCCAGUUGCCCGGCUGCACAGACAGCAGGGACAAAAGAGCAACUGCAGGUGGUGGCCACAGGACUGGGGAGGUACAGGAGAGACACGGGAGCUCACGAGGGGGUCGAUCCAACAGCCAGGAGGGUGGGGCCAGCAGUCAGCCACGCCCACACCCAGGCAUGGAGGACAUCCCCCCCUAUAGCAGGCCCUCCUUCCCGCCGGCGGCUGGGGUGAGAGACCGAGAGCGAGAGCCCAGCUCCUCCAGCUCCAUGUCAUCACGUGGCUCCGGGAGCCGGCGCCGGGGCGAGGGGCCCGCAGGGGGGCGCAGGAACCCCACAGAUCCGGGACUUGCCCACGUGGGGGCCUUUCAGCAGCAGGAGGGGGACUCACAGAUAAUGGAGAGUUGAAGAGCAGAUGGGGCAGGAUGAUUUCCACACUAAAUGGGGGGGGGGGUACCUUGCCCCCCCCACGAUGGCUGAGAUCAUUCCAUCGCAGACGCUGGCCCUCUACAUUCCCGUAAUGACUUGUGCAGAAGUUCCUUUACAACACGAAUAAUCCGCUUCUCAUUUUUAAGUCCUCUUUUUCAGUUUUCUAUUCUGAACGGUGCUUUGAACCCCCCUCCCCCACCAGCACUUCCUUCUUCCUCGCGGUGUGGGGAUAUCACAGUUUCCCCCACAAUGCACUUCUGAGCGGGAUGUUCCUGGAGCAUCAUCAGCCACCAGCAGAUGUGUGGCUGCCAGGUCCAGCAGUCGGAUUUAAUUACCUGCUCCAGCGUGUCGUCUGCAUUGUUGUUUGAAACAAUCAUUCUUUCAUAAUUGGUGUCUUUCUCAACCCGUUUUCAAUUGUUCGUUUUUAUCGCAUAAAGUGCAACCGUUGGAGAGAAUAUGUUUAGGCUUUUUUUUGUUUUUUUGUUGUUUUCUUUUUGGAAUGCACUGUUUUUUAAUGUCAAUGUCAUCGGUGUUCGUUAUUUGUCUUUGGUUGUAAAAGCACAAUCACUAAGAUUUAUUUGAAAGCAUUUUAUCUAUUAGACAUGGUUUUUACUGGAGGAAUGCAGCGAAGACAAGAGUCUUGUUGUUUGUGAUUAAUGAUUUGUACGUUGUUGGAGAUGGACUUUCCGAGGGCUUGUCCAGAGUAGCUUGCCAUCCUGUGGGUCUGCAUUCAUGCAGCACUGAUGGUUCUGAAGAGGUCCGAAACUAUUGCUGUGGCGUUACUGUUCCCAUUGACACUGUCUACUAAUCUACCAAACCUGAAUGGAAACUUCAGCACACUCAAGUCCCACAGGUAACUACGGCAACAAAAGAAGAGGAACUCAGGACCGUAAUUAGCGUCUGACCUACGCUGUGACAUCACUGCCAACGUCCUGUGGGAAUACAGCGCGCAAUUUCAACGACACCCAGCAGGACGGGAGAUCGCUUAGCUCUCGGUUGUCCGCUCACGCACCUGGUCCUUGUGCCACCCCGAUGUCAUAUUAGCGGGGUCCUCUUCCGUUUUUGAUCUCCGCCGAAGAAUUGGGCACAAGAGGAGAAGCCUGAGUUGAUGUCUUCAUUUGUUUGGUUUUCACCGUGACUGAAGGGCAGACUGUUUACCACUUGCCCAACCUUUUACACUCUGAGAUUAACCGAUUCUGAAAACAUGUCAUUUCUUUUCCACAUUAUUUAUUAAAAUGUCCUGAAAUACCGCCAUAGCCUAGUCCCUGUGUCCCCGUCAUUGAGUCCCGUGUUGUGUCCAGGAGUUGUACCGUGCUGACUGACAGUCACGGAGUCUCAAGCGACUGACUGGCACAUAAGUUACUGUUUCCACAUGACAUCACUUCCUGUGACUGACAGCCGGUCAGGCGUUUGGCGCCUGUGUACGUUCCUUGGCUAUCUACCUGUUCAGUGAGA